UAUGACUUGUGUAUUCUUCGACUGAUAGCGUUACAAAAUAUAGCCCAGCUGAGCUGACGACGCGAUUUGACUCCAGUCGUUGCUGCACUUUCCAAGCCGUCGAGUGUGUUGUUCUGUCGCAGAAGCUGGGUUUUAUUGGGCGAUUCGAGAUGCUCGUAACUAUAGCUACCAUUUGUGCAAUAUUUGUCGUAUUAGCUGGGGGUAAUCGAGUCUUUCCGGAGGAGUUCAAAUUUGGAGUAGGAACGUCUUCGUACCAGGUGGAAGGUGCCUGGGAUGAGGACGGCAAGGGUGAGUCCAUUUGGGACCACUUUGUGCACCACCGGCCGGAGAUGAUUGAAGAUCGAAGUACGGGGGAUAUUGCUUGUGAUAGUUACCAUCAGUGGAAACGAGACGUAGAGAUGGUCAAGGAGUUGGGCGUCGAUGUGUACCGAUUCUCGAUCGCUUGGACACGAAUAAUGCCAAGUGGAUUUUCGAAUGUGAUAAAUGAGAAAGGAAUUGAGUAUUACAGCAAUUUAAUCGACGAGUUGAUCAGGAAUGGAAUUACCCCAGUAGUGACGCUGUAUCAUUUCGAUUUGCCACAAAAACUACACGAUUUGGGAGGCUGGCUAGUUUCGGACAUUGUAGACUACUUCGUACAGUACGCAGAACUAAUGUUCGAACGCUACGGUGAUCGAGUCCAAAUGUGGACGACCAUCAACGAGCCGUGGCACAUCUGUGAGAAUUCGUACGGACGUGAUGGACUGGCUCCGGCCACAAACUAUGCUGGAGUGGCAAAUUACAUUUGUGCUCACAAUCUGCUCAAGGCUCACGCCGAGGCCGUCCAUUUGUACAGAAACAAGUUUCAAACGGUUCAAAAGGGGAAAAUUGGAAUCUCGCUGGACGCACGGUGGUAUGAGCCGGAAACGGACUCCGCUGAAGAUCAGGAAGCUUCCGAGUGGGGACUACAGUUUCACGUAGGCUGGUUCGGCCAUCCUAUAUUUUCCGCAGCUGGUGACUAUCCCCAGGUCGUGAAGGAUCGCGUCCAAAAUCUCAGCCUUUCGCAAGGAUUCCCCAAAUCCAGAUUACCUACUUUCACACCAGAAGAGAUCGUUAGAAUCAGGGGGACGUCAGAUUUCUUCGGACUGAACACAUACACUACAAGGCUGGCAAGCAAGAAUGGAGAUCAUAAUUUGGGCAACUACAAAGUUCCCUCCAACGAGCAUGACACUGGAAUAUUGUUGACUUUUGAUCCAGCUUGGCCAACUGCUGGAGUUCCUUGGCUCAAGAUCGUCCCAUUCGGACUGCGUAAGCUGCUCACCUGGAUCAAGAAAGAGUACGAUAAUCCGCCAACCUGGGUGACGGAAAACGGCGUCGGGACGGAAGCGGGCACCGUCGAUCAUCAACGGGUGGACUAUUACAACGGGUACAUGAACGCCGUGCUGGAUGCCCUGCAGGAUGGUUGCGAUGUACGCGGAUAUUUCGCGUGGAGUUUGAUGGACAAUUUUGAGUGGCGCGCGGGAUACACGGGGAAAUUUGGACUGUAUUAUGUGGACUUUGCGAGUCCCAACCGAACGCGGCACGCGAAAAUGUCUGCAAAAGUGUACCGUAGGAUUGUUGAAACCAGAACCAUCAACGAAACCUAUCGUCCGAUGCCGGAUGUUGUGAUCGGGUCGUCGGAUGGAAUCGUUUCGUCCUGUUGCUUCAAGUCGAUGGCUCUGGCGGGAACGUUGGUGGCAAUGUAUUUAGCGAGAAGAAUGUUUUAAUAAACUUGGUCUUUUUCAAGUAAGCAAUAAAUUAGG